CAGGCGCCCACCGCGUACCGUCUGUAGAUCUCGACUCACAACAGUCUCAGGAAAGUGAGAUGCAGAGGGAAGUAAUACACUUGCCCCUUGAGCAACAAUGGCGUAUUCGGAUAUGGCUGCCAACAUGAUAGCAGCAUACGGCAACUACCCCGUCGCAAGCACAUUCUCAAUGACCGAUACAGUCCCUAACCUGCCUGACUCUGAAGUCCCCUCCUACAGUGCCGCCUACGAUGCUGACCCAUCCGCGAAGAGACAUGCAGCGUGUGACGAAUGUCGGAAGCGCAAGUUGAAAUGCUCCGGCGACCCCACUGGCUGUGGGCGAUGCAUCAAACAACACCUAACAUGUCACUACUCGGUUCAGUCCAAGAUGGGACGUCCACGGAAGCGACAGAAGACAGAUACGACCCCUGACCAAGACACGCAACCUGAUCAGCCUCGAGAUCAGCGUCAACACACCCCUACGCAGUCUGCGCCCGAUCCUCCCAGACAGAAACAGUGUCAGAAAGCCAUGGAAAGAACCGAAUUCGAGAACGUCUGCAAUGCACCCAUGGCCCAGUCCAUUCGACGUACAACCGCUCUCAGCCACUCCGCGAACCUGAAUACUCAAUCCUCGAACGACUCGUCGUCGUCCGAUGCCUCUCGCACGCCUUCAGAUCGCGACGUGGCGGCCGGUGUCUCUUACCCAGUAGACGUGGCCCAAUGGCCUGACUUUUCCGAUUUGACACAGCUCCCCAUGUUGGUGCAGGACAGCCAUGAACACGAAAAGCAGAUGUCAUCAGAUGUGAAUCAGUCGAACGGCACCAUCGAUCCAAACCUUUACACCUCGCCAUACCCCAACGACCUCGGCGCCCAUCCAUCCUACCUAUCCCAGCUUCCUGCAAUACCUGCCUGUCCCUGUCUCCCAAAUUUAUACCUCACUCUUUCCACAUUGUCCACGUUGUCUGCUUUCCCUGUUUCCUCCGGCACGAUCGAGUCACUUCUCAAUGCGCACCGCACCGGCCGUGCCGUCAUCUACUGCAAUGUGUGUCCGCAAAAGUUUCAAACUGGGUCACAGAACGUCAUGCUGUCCAGCAUGCUGAUCACGGUAUUGUCGGACCAUUGGCACAGGGUAAGGAAGGCCACAGCGAAAGAGUUGAAAGCCGGCUUCACCAACGAAAGCACAAGCUCAGUGCCUGAAUCUGGGUCAACUGCGGAAUCGGGUGGAAUGUCACCACGAGAAGAUCUCGAAUGGCGCACGUUUGGCUAUCGAGUCGUCCGCGCAUGCGUGUACGGCGAGGAUUGCGUUCCUAGCACCCCAGGCACGAAUGGCGGACCAAUUUGUACGGAACAACCAUACACACUGUCCGAUCUGUGCAGUGCGCUCGAACGGCGGCAGAAACAAUGGCAUGAGGUGGAGCCUACGACGGGUGAGUUCCCUGCAAGGAUGCAGGGUGAUUUGGGUCACGGGCCUACACUGGGCAUGACCUUGGAUGAACUCGACAAAUGCGAGAAGGACGCGCGCACACAAGGCGACGAUGGACUACUGUGCCUGCGCAUCGUCAAGUAUGCGAGGCAAAUCAUGUCGAGUCUCGAUAAUGGCCCUCCAAGGCUGGGAGUUCCCUGAGAAAAGUAUGCAUGUCAAUGGUGUGAGACACUCUUGACCCCGCCGGAGUUUCAAUCAAACG